AUGACGAGAGAGCUGGAGAUCCAUUGUGGAGGAAUUGGUGCCAAUUGGUGGAUGCGGGCGAUGCGGGCGUUGGAUGGAUGGGAUUUGUUGGCGCCUCCGAGGCUUCUCAUUGGCUACCUCAAUGGCUUUGUAAUGUGCUCUUUAUUGGCGGCGCACGGCCGAGCUGCUCCGGUAAUUGCCUAUUGUUCGCGAUCUUUUAGUGCCUUCAGCGUCGUCAGUAUCGAGAGCUAA